CCAUGGCGGGCCACGGUGAUGGGUCUCAGCUAUUAGUAUCGCUGUUGAUCUGAAAGCUUGGUAAGAAAAGGCUCUUACUCCUCUUCAAUAUCUCCUUUCGUAAGACGUUGUAACGGUCCUGCUUAACAAUUUGACCUAUCGCACGGCAGCGCGCGCUUUCCGAGUGUCACAGCAGACAGACGCGGGCGGUAGGAUCUUAGCAAGGAGUCGUACAGUGGACUGAUUGGUCUUGUGUCUCGUGGUCAAGCCCAGAAAAAGCCAUCGAUACAUCCCUUGGUGGACGAGGAUCUGCGGACUCAUAAGGCCGCGCCAGUCUAAUCUGUCGGCUCCCAUGAUAGACCUCCACCUUUACGACUGAACGCGCUGAGGGAGGGAGGGGAAGGAUAAACAGACAAGAACAUUGUUUGCGCGCCGGGACAGCGCGAGAUUGCGCUAAUGCGGCUAAAUGUCACGUAGCUACCAGAGGGAAUAUCAUAUAGCGGUCAUAGGGUCUGGCGGAGUUGGCAAGAGCUGCCUGACAGCACAAUUCGUUCAGGGCGUCUUCAUUGAGAGCUAUGACCCAACAAUCGAAGACUCAUACAGGAAGCAGAUCGAUGUCGAUGGCAGACAAGUCAUGCUCGAGAUCAUGGAUACAGCAGGGACCGAACAAUUCACGUCCAUGCGAGAGUUCUACAUGCGUGACGCUCACGGCUUCCUCUUGGUGUUCAGCAUCACGUCCAUGUCGUCCCUACAUGAGCUAGCUGAGCUCCGUGAACAGAUCGUACAAAUCAAGGGUGGCGAUCCCAACGUCCCGAUCGUACUGGUGGGCAACAAGUCCGACCUGGAAGAAGACCGCGUGGUGUCAAGAUCUAGGGCCUUCCAGGUAUCGCAAGCCUGGGGCAAUGUCCCGUACUACGAAACGAGCGCUCGCAGGAGGCAGAAUGUCACGGAGGUGUUUGUGGACGUUUGCCGGCAAAUUAUUCAUCGAACAGGAGACGGCGACGACGAAGACAUGAUGACGAUGAUUAUGAUGACCGAAGGCGGGGAAGCAAAUGUGUGA